AUGUUGAAAACUCUUUUAUUGUGGGUAGUUGCUUGUAAUAUUUUUGUGUCGGGUUGUCUCAUUACUAAUUGCCCUAGAGGAGGUAAAAGAAAUGAAAGAUAUGAGCUUGUAGAGGCUAGAGUCAAGAAGUGUACACCCUGUGGUCCCCAAAAUACCGGCCAAUGUUUUGGACCUGCUAUCUGCUGCGGCCCUUUUGGUUGCCUGAUGGCCACCAAGAAAACGCGACGCUGCCAAAUUGAAGGAAUGUUCGAAACACUGCAACCUUGUAUUUCAGGAUUUAGCGAUUGUAGAGCAGGAAGUGGCAGGUGUGCUGCCAAAGGUGUAUGUUGCAGCCAAGAUUCUUGUUAUGCUGAUAAGGAGUGCGAUAUUCAAGAAAAUUUACGAAGUUCAUCUACCAUGGAGUUAUUUAAGUUAUUAGGACUUUAAGAUGGAAAAUAAUUUACCUUAUUGAUGAUCCAUUAAACCACUAUGCAAUUAACCCA